UAUCAUUCGCCUAAAUAAUAACACAACACACUAAAUAAGCCCAAUAUGGCUUACACAUACCAUACACUGUCAUUCUUCGGCUGCUGCUUCUUCUUUUUCUUCAUUGUUUGCAUACCCUUUUACACUGUGGAAUCUCGGGCACCUUUCGCCUGUGACCCCAGUAAUGAGCUAACCAGAAGCCUCAAAUUCUGUCGGGUUAAUGUGCCAAUACAUGUGAGAGUGAGAGACUUGAUAGGGAGACUGACAUUGCAGGAGAAGAUCAGGUUGCUAGUCAACAAUGCAAUUGCUAUACCUAGGCUUGGCAUUCAAGGAUAUGAAUGGUGGUCUGAGGCUCUUCAUGGUGUCUCUAAUGUGGGCCCAGGUGUCAAGUUUGGUGGGGCCUUCCCUGGGGCCACUAGCUUCCCUCAAGUCAUCACCACGGCUGCUUCCUUCAACGAGUCUCUUUGGGAGCAAAUCGGACGGGUAGUGUCUGAUGAAGCAAGGGCAAUGUACAAUGGAGGACUAGCCGGAUUGACAUAUUGGAGCCCUAAUGUGAACAUAUUCCGGGACCCUCGAUGGGGAAGAGGACAGGAAACCGCCGGUGAAGAUCCUGUUUUAGCUGGAAAAUAUGCCGCCAGCUAUGUUAGAGGACUUCAGAGCAUGACAGGAAACAGGUUAAAGGUUGCUGCAUGUUGCAAGCAUUAUACAGCCUAUGAUCUUGAUAACUGGAAUGGCGUGGAUCGAUACCACUUUAAUGCUAUGGUAAGCAAGCAGGACUUGGAGGACACAUAUGACGUGCCAUUCAAGGCAUGUGUGAUGGAAGGAAAAGUUGCUAGUGUGAUGUGUUCUUACAAUCAAGUAAAUGGAAAACCCACUUGCGCAGACCCUAUUCUCCUUAAGAACACCAUCAGGGGUGAAUGGCGACUCAGUGGGUACAUUGUUUCAGACUGUGACUCAGUUGGAGUUUUAUACGAUAACCAACACUACACUUCAACACCUGAAGAAGCAGCUGCAGCCACCAUUAAAGCAGGUCUUGAUUUGGAUUGUGGCCCAUUCUUGGCGAUCCAUGCGCAGAAUGCAAUAAACAAAGGGUUGCUAGGCGAGGAAGAUGUAAAUCUAGCCUUAGCCAACACCAUAACCGUGCAGAUGAGACUGGGAAUGUUCGAUGGAGACCCAUCGGCUCAUCCUUAUGAUAACUUGGGCCCAAGGGAUGUUUGCACUCCAGACCAUCAACAAUUGGCACUAGAAGCAGCCCGACAAGGCAUAGUCCUACUUAAGAAUCGUGGGCGGGCCCUCCCUCUGUCCCCAACACGACAUCGUUCUGUAGCCGUCAUUGGGCCCAAUUCUGAUGUUACUGUUACCAUGAUAGGGAAUUAUGCUGGUAUUGCAUGUGGUUACACAACUCCCCUGCAAGGGAUCAGUAGAUAUGCUAAGACCAUUCACCAAUCUGGGUGUGCGGAUGUGGCCUGCAUUGGGAACCAACAAUUUGGGGCAGCUGAGGCUGCAGCUCGCCAGGCUGAUGCUACUGUGCUAGUAAUGGGUCUUGACCAAUCCAUAGAAGCAGAAUUCAGGGAUAGGGUAGGGCUCCUCUUGCCUGGAAACCAACAAGAACUUGUAUCCAGAGUGGCUAGAGCCUCCAGAGGUCCAACUAUAUUAGUGUUGAUGAGUGGUGGUCCUAUUGAUGUUUCAUUUGCCAAGAAUGAUCCUCGAAUUGGUGCUAUAUUAUGGGUUGGAUAUCCUGGACAAGCCGGAGGAGCUGCCAUUGCUGAUGUUUUGUUUGGAACAACUAAUCCAGAAGGGAAGCUGCCAAUGACAUGGUAUCCACAGACAUAUCUUGACAAGGUGCCAAUGACAAAUAUGGGAAUGAGACCAGACCCAUCAAGGGGUUAUCCUGGAAGAACCUAUAGAUUCUACAACGGACCUGUUGUUUUCCCCUUUGGCCAUGGAUUGAGCUACACCUCUUUUUCUCACUCCCUAUCCCAAGCUCCAAAACAGCUCUCACUACCGAUUACUAGUCUCCAAGCCAUAAAAAACACUACCACUUCAAGCAAAGCAAUAAGGGUUACACACACCAAUUGUGAUGCCCUCUCACUAGGACUUCAAAUUGAUGUGAAGAACACUGGAAUUAUGGAUGGAACUCAUACCCUUCUGGUUUUCUCUAGCCCACCUGCAGGAAAAUGGUCCUUUAAUAAGCAAUUAAUUGGUUUUGAGAAGAUUCAUUUAGUAGCUGGUUCUCAGAAAGAAGUUAAGAUUAACAUUCAUGUGUGCAAGCACCUGAGUGUGGUCGACCAAUUUGGUAUUCGAAGAAUUCCCAUUGGUGAACAUGAUCUUCACAUUGGAGAUCUCAAGCAUUCUAUUUCUCUCCAAGGAAAUUUGGAGGAGAUCAAAUAUUAGUAGAUGGUAGGACAUGAAAUUGCUCAACUGUAAGAUAAACAUACAAGCAAAAGAUCAACUAGUGUUUCAGCAUCCUGUGACUCAAUAGGUUGUGCUGAGUCCCAGUUGAUCCAUUUACUGAAUGCAAGAAACAGAAUCAAGUGAAAGAAAUUGGUCAAUGUAAGGCAAUAAGAACCAGCUCAAGCUUUUGCUGGUUUCUCCAUUCUUGUUCCAACUUAUGCAACUGUAUUUUUAUUUGGUGCUCGUAAAUUGUUACCUCAAAAAUCUGAGGUGCUAUUGAGAGGAAAUAUAGUUUGAAUUAUUUCUGUUACUAUGAAUUA